AUGACUGUCGUGUCCGGUUUCGAAGGAGGAAAGGAGAGAGUUGAAGAAGCAGACUAUGUUACAGUGGAAGAAAGUGUUGCAGAUACCAAAGCAUUAGUUUGGAAGCAAGAUCUAAGAAUCGUACCUCUAUGUGCUGGUAUUUACUUGUUGUGUUACCUUGAUCGUUCCAACAUUGGCAAUGCCAAAACACUCAAUUCUUCCACUCAUGAUGAUCUCCUUUCCGAUACACACAUGACUAAUUUUCAAUAUAUCAUCGCAUUAAUGGUCUUUUUGAUCGCUUAUGCAAUUUUCGAAGUACCAUCCAAUUACUUCCUCAAGAAACUCAGUCCAAGCAAAUGGAUAUCUUUCUUAAUGUUCUCGUGGGGAAUCAUGACAAUUGGACUUGGGUUUACUCAUAACUUCGCUGGUGUUACAGCUGUGAGAUUCCUUCUCGGAAUGUUCGAAGCUGGAUUGUUCCCAGGUCUAGUCUACUAUCUGACUUUCUGGUACCGUACAUCUGAGCGCUCAAUUCGUGUCGCAUUCAUCCUAGCCUCCGCAACUCUUGCAGGAGCAUUUGGUGGCGCUAUCGCUUUUGGAGUCGGUCAUAUGAAUGGUACCCACGGAAUGUCAGCUUGGAGAUGGUUAUUCAUUAUUGAAGGGAUUCCUUCUUGUCUAUCAUCUAUUCUUGUAUUUUUCUAUCUACCAGAUUAUCCAGAAACGGUAAAAUGGCUAUCAAAGGAUGAGAAAGAUUUAGCCACAAGUAGACUUGCGACAGAGGGAGCUAAAGGACGCGAUAAAGGAUUGACGUGGCAAGAAGCCAAGGAAAUUCUAUGUACCUGGAGACUAUAUGCUCAUUAUGCGAUCUAUUUCGGUAUUUCAACGCCUUUCUCGAGUUUGUCCUUAUUUACACCAAGUAUUACCGCUGGACUUGGAUACAAAAACCUCGAGGCUCAACUUAUGACAGUCCCACCAUAUGCUGUCGCUUAUGUUGUGACAAUCCUCGUAUCUUGGUCUGCCGAUCGCUUCAAUGCUCGCGCGCUCCAUUCUUCAAUAAUGGCCCUCGUUGGCGCCAUUGGUUUCACCGCCUCUGCUCUCCUGCCCCCUGCUUCCUAUAACUCCCGUUAUGGUUGUCUCAUUAUCGCCGCCUCAGGAGCCUUCUCCUGUAUCCCUCCUCUUCUCGGUUUCCUCUCUUCAAAUAUCUUCUCAACAGCCGGUAUUGGACUUGCUAUUGCGUUGAAUAUAUCAGUAGGAGCGCCGGGACAAAUAGCAGGUGUGUGGAUAUACAAAUCAAAUCAAGCGAAAGAGGGCUUUCCGUUGGGUCAUUGGGUGAAUGCUGGUUUGUUGUAUUUUGUGUGUGUAGGAUGUGUGGGAUUGAGGUUUUAUUAUGGGUGGAGAAACAAGAGAGUUGGGGAGGGAAUGAGGAGAUUUGCUUAUUGA